AAGCAAAACUGAAGAAAUUGGGAUAUAAAUGAUAAUCCAAGCAGCAGUGCCUCUCACUCCCACCGCCUCCCUCUCAGUGGGUUGGGGGAGAAGGAGACCCCCCUCCCUUCCAGGGCAGCUGGCUAGCCAGGCGGCGGCUGCCGGCCGCGCAUUCCUUGCCGUCCCCAGGGAGGGCUCGGAGGCAGUGAAAGGCGCGCUUAUGCGCCGCGGCGGCAGACACUGCCCAAUUCACCCGCCUUCCCCGGCAGCCCUCGCCUUCCCCGCUCCUGUUUCCAAGUGCCCAAGCACAGCAGCGGUCGGCCAUGAAGCUCCCGGGGCCCGCCGCGCUCCCCUCGCCGCCUCCGUGCGCCGUGGCGCUCCCGCUGCUGCUGCUGGCGGCGCUGGCGGCGGGCACUCGGUCGGAGGUAGCGGAGAGUCCCAAGGGGAAGCUGAAGGCGCUCCGCCAGCGGGAGGUGGUGGACCUGUACAAUGGCAUGUGUAUGCAAGGACCUGUUGGCGUUCCUGGAAGGGAUGGAAACCCUGGUGUCAAUGGAAUCCCUGGGACCCCAGGGAUCCCUGGCCGAGAUGGGCUGAAAGGAGAGAAAGGAGAAUGUGUGCGGGAAAGUUUUGAGGAGUCUUGGACACCAAACUAUAAGCAGUGUUCAUGGAGUGCUUUGAACUAUGGGAUAGACCUUGGGAAAAUUGCAGAAUGCACAUUUACCAAGAUGCGUACCAACAGUGCUUUAAGAGUUCUCUUCAGUGGCUCACUUCGACUCAAAUGCAAAAAUGCCUGUUGUCAGCGAUGGUAUUUCACAUUUAAUGGAGCUGAAUGUGCAGGGCCUCUUCCUAUUGAGGCAAUAAUUUAUUUAGAUCAAGGAAGUCCAGAAUUAAAUUCUACUAUUAACAUACACCGCACGUCUUCAGUGGAAGGAUUAUGUGAAGGAAUCAGCGCUGGACUAGUGGAUAUUGCUGUCUGGGUGGGUACUUGCUCAGAUUACCCAAUAGGAGAUGCUUCAACUGGAUGGAAUUCGGUCUCUCGCAUUAUUAUAGAAGAGUUGCCAAAGUAGAACCCCUUCAGGGAUUGGUGCCCGGCCCAGACACUUGUUCGCUGCCUCAUGUAGACUUCAUAGACCCGCAGGCCUUGAAAUCUAGUUUUCUGUAUAUAGAAGCACUUCAGUAUAACACACAAGCUUUUUUAUAGAGUAUUAGCUAUUCUGCUGUUCAAUAUUUAUGCAACAGCACUCUAAUGAUGGAAGCUGCUGUACAAUCAGAUGAGAUGGUGGUCGUAUUGUUGGCUGCAAGCCAUUACAACCAUGAUGCAAGGAAUGGUGCUUGGCACCAUAGCCUCAAGAGGACUUUCGAAACCUGAUUCUGAAGUCACCUCUCACAGCCAUCUACCAUCAAUUUUUGGACUCUGGUUCAUAAAUUUUCUAUACUAUCCACGAAAGGGUGGCUCCCAGCCUAUGGAGUUCCUCCACAAAAGCUUGCAUUUUUGUUUGAUUUUUUAAAAACUGGUCCAAUAAAGGUGUCACCCACUCUUACAUUUGUGCAUCACAUCAGAUGAUCUACAGUGGCUUCUGCAAACAUAAAUAUUGAACAGGAUACUGGCCAAGAGUAGAUUUACUUUGUUUUAAAAUAAUCUGGCCAAGAUUAUUUUACUUAAGUCUUCCUAGCGUGUUUUCUACAAUAUUUUACAAUAAAGAUUCUGAAGCUGCAGUCUGGAUUUAUGUACAACUUUUGUAGAAAUUCAGAUUAUUCUUUCAAUUGUUAAUACAGAUGACCUUUUUUUAAAUUGGGCAAAGUAAAGAAAUUUUACUAGCAUAGCAUUUAACCUUAUUGAAGUAUAUAUUACUCUUGCUCUUGGAUGUGUGAGUUCUUUAGAACUCAUCAAUUUCCUGUUGAAAGUAGAUGGGGAAAAGAAGAUUUGACGACGAUGAAUACAACAAGGGAAUGG